GCUGUUCCUAAAUUGUUCAAAGAUGGACAGUGAGGUACAGAGAGAUGGGAGAAUACUGGAUUUGAUUGAUGAUGCAUGGAGGGAAGAUAAAUUACCAUAUGAAGAUGUGGCCAUACCACUGAAUGAGCUUCCUGAGCCAGAGCAAGACAAUGGAGGCACAACAGAAUCUGUGAAAGAACAAGAAAUGAAAUGGACUGACUUGGCUUUGCAGUAUCUUCAUGAAAACAUUCCUCCAACGGGAAAUUAGUCUAUCAGUAAUACUUCCUGUAGUGGUUUCUCUAGAAAAUGUUUCUGGCAACUUUUCAUCACUCUGAGAUGGAAAAAACAAUUCCUGCUCCUGAGUCAGUGACCCAGCUU